AUGGCCUCCAUCACCCACUCAUCCGAGCCUGAGAUCCCAGACAACCACAAAGAGAGCUGGCUGGCCCUACUUUCUGCGGCCGAAGCAUAUUGCCAAAAGUCUGGCUGUGACCUGGCCAUACUUACAGCAUGUAAAAAGUUCCGGUCAUUGGCUGGAGAGGUCGAGGGGGUGAGGAAACGGGAGAGCGAUAGUGCCUUUCCUAAGGAGUGUGAUUUCUCUUACAAUGUGUGGGGGCAAGGCUUUCUGGCCGAGUCAGCUCGCCGCUACAUGGAUGACAUUGGUGUGCUGCACUCUAUGACCAUGCUAACAGCCCAAAAGCACACACGUCAGGUGGGGGUAGAGGGGGGAACCAAGCUGAUGGUUGACCUGACUUCUGACCCUGCACACAGGGGGGUGAGUGGCUUGCUUUCUGCUCUGUGGUGCUGGUUCAAAAUGUCCAUGCUCUGGCUGAUAUUUUGGUGUUUGUCCUUCAGAACUUUACAGGAGAUGACAGCUUGAGUGGAGUCAGUCCCAAUGGCAGAUUGUAUUCCCAAAGCUACCCAUCAAUCUACAGCUCAGGAGCCACGACAGGCCAGGGAGCAGGACAGAAUGGAAACAGAGAGAGAGAAAGGGAGAAGAGUGUAAUGGAGGUUGAGCGGGGGAGACAGAGGUCUGCGAUCGUGGACUUGGAAGAAGAGUGUGAGGACGAGGAAGAGGAGGAGGAUAUGGAUGAGAGGAAACCCUAUGGGAAUGAAAGUGCUGGUGAGGAGUGAAGCGGUGAAAUCUGUCUGAUUUUUCUUGUCCUUUUUUUUAAACGUGCGCACGAAUUAUAGUUACAAGAAAUUUUGGAGCAGUUCAUUUAAUUACUUUUGCCAGAAGCUGCUGAACGGACUGUAGUGGCUUUUAGUGAAUCAAACUCAAUGCUUGUUUUUGCAAUUGACAGGCAAAGAUUGUUGUCCAGUGUUACAGAAAUGCUCCCUACAGUGACAGUCCUGUUCAUUCCUGACUGAUCGUUUCACAGGAGACAUCUUUCUCUUCAAAGCACCAAAAUAAGUCGACAAAACAGUAAUUUUGGCAGAAUGAAGGAGCCGCUGGUCAGUACAUAUGCACAGUUAGUCUUUGUCAGCUCAGUUUGGAUUGAACACUACAGGUGCAACAGUAAAACUGCAAAUAUAUUUACUAACUGAGGCAGUGGUAGAUAAACUACUGUCCCUCAUGCAGAACAUCUUUAUGCUGUGGGUGCGGUCUGGUGCUAUAAAAGACAGCAAUGUACCAAUCUACUUGAGUCACAGAGGUCACUGACUCUCAGUCAAAAAGGUCAAGGUCAUUAUUUAUCAUUUUGCUUCAGGUGUGUUCUCAAUGGAUGAGGACUCUCUGUCUCGAGACUGUGAGCCAUUCUUUGAGUCUGAUGGGGAGGAGGAGAGCACAGAUGGUAAGACAGUGUUAUUCAGAUGUGUACAAAUCCACUUUAGAGGGUCAUCCAUCAUACAUUCAUGGACUCUUCUACUCUUCUCAGGGUCUUUGAGUGAGGAUGCCCCUCCACCAACACGUGGCAUGGCCAUGGGUCAGGCUGCAUACUCAUCCCGUCAUGCCCAUCCUAUGGCUCUGGCCCGCUCGCUGCCCGUUUCUGUGCCUGUGUGGGGCUGCAGGGGGAACAGAGCUGCUCCUGGAGACAGCAGCAGUGGAGAAAGGGUAAGCACGCCGCAAUCAGCAUGUUUACAUGAUUAGAUUAUGUGGAUAACGGGGAAUAAUCAGAUAAUGGUAUUUAUUUCUUACAAUAAGCCCAUGACCUAAAACUCAAACUUCCUGUCGUGCUUUAAACAUGGUGUUGAUUAGGGCUGAAUGGUUUAUCGUUUUCUGAUCGAAAUUGCGAUUUCAAACAGCACGAUCAUGUGAUUGCCAAAGCUGCGUUUUUUUUUUUUUAGUGUUGCGCUCCUGACUGACGGUAUAUUUCAACGGCAUGUACAUAUACAUGCUGUCUCCCUACCAUCCUGCCAAACUCACCAGUCAGGUGUGGCAUAUGCUACUCAUGGACAGGUCACAUUAACCAAUCAGUAUUGACCAUAGACUGUAUAUACUAUGGACAGCUCGGUUCCGCCUUCUGCCUGUAUACGGAUUUGAAGCCGAAAAGCUCUCUGUAUUUCCGGGAUUUUCUUCAUUUCCUGAAACCAGCGCUGCGCAGUAGUGUUGUGCGCAUUCGGCCGAAGAGUCACAGAGAGUCGCUGUGAUGACGCUCAGCUCAAUGGAAGAAGGCCAAUAGGCUGUAUCAGGUGUCAAUCAAAGAAAACAUGAACACCCUAAUAACUUCUAAAAACAGAGCUUCACAGAAAAAACAGGACUUGAGCACAAACCAGUCUUACAAUAACUACAUGUCAACAUCACAAUCAGGGGGGAGAAAAAUGUAUGUUCUGUGUAAUAAAUUUCUAAAGUUUGUCCACAGCCUCAUAAGCUUUGCUGGCGGAGGCGGGAUUUAUGACCUAUACUUCAGCCUGUCACUGGAGGGUGCUGUUCCUGGAGUGGCUUCACCCAGCAAGGAGGCAGACUCUGUCCAUUCUUUAUACAGUCUAUGGUAUUGACCUGCUCUCUGUGUUUUGAAACUUGAACGCUUUUUAAAAUGGCUUCAGUGCAACCACAAGUGGAGUUAGGGGAUUUAAUCCCCAAGAAAAGAUGCACGGCGGUCAUCUGGGAGUAUUUUGGGUUAGAGGCUGCAGACGUGCACCAGAAACAGGUAUUGUGCACGCAAAAUCUGUCGUGCUAAAGUUGCUAAAUUGAGUGGAAACACAACCAACUUAUACUGGCACUUGAAAAACCAACAGGCACUUGCAUGAGGAGUGCAUGACGAAAAAGUCUGGUGAAAAGUCUAGUAAACAUGAGUCUCAGGCCCAUUGAAGCAAACAGACUACAAUUACAACAUCUUUUGCCAGCGUAAACCGUAUGACAAGAGCAGCCGGAGACACUGGGAGAUAACGACUGCCGUAACAAAAUAGGGGAGAGUGGGGUGAGUUGUGCCAGUUUUUACUUAUUGCCUUUAAAGCAAGGGGAUGACAGUAAUACCUCCAACUAAAAUAUGUACAUUUAUUUUAGGAUGUGGUGCAUCCUUGGUUACAAUCACUUUGGUUCUUAAAUAAACUGUUUGAGAAAUAUAGCUUUAGAAAAAUUAGUGGUCCUGUGGCAUAACUUGCCUCCAGUGCAGGGUAAAUGGUGCCAUAGAUAAUUGAAGUAAAACACAUAAUUUUAAUCAAACAAACAGUGAUGCCAUAUAAAAGUUCGACAAACUCAAGACAAAAUAAUUUAUUUAAUAUUUUUUUAAAGAUUUUACAACAUUAAAGCCUACUUCUCUAUAACAAGGCUUGUAGUGCCACAUGAGCACGUUUAGAACAUAAUCAGCUGCAAUUCUCUAAACCAAGCGACAAAUCAACAAUGCUGCAGGGGAGUAUAAACCUAUACUCCUGUCUGGUUGAACCACCAAGUCUUUGUGGUGUGAGUAGUUUCUUGAGCACAUCACCUCUAGGGAUGACUCUGUUUUCUUUAAAUGUGGAGAUUGGCUUUCCAUCCACAAUUCUUACCUUUAGUUUUCAUUCUUGGAUUAAAGUAAUAGCUUUUUAUGUUUUGAUGUGUAAAUGUUACUGUACACAUUGUGAAUGUUGCACUACAGCUUGAUUUGAAGAAAAUCUCAAAUCGAAUUGAAAUUGCAAUUUCUGCCAGAUAAAUUGCAAUUCAAUCUUUUCCUGAAAUUGAUCAGCCCCAGUGUUGAUCACUGAUCAGGGUUUUUUUUAAUCAGAAAACUUGCUUAUGUGCUUGUACUCUUCAAAUGAUCUCAGUGGGAACAAAACGAUGACAGGCGUCUGUACAGGAAGCGUUUGCUUUUUGUCUCUUCCAUAUCCUUCCUUUCAUAUAGUUUGACAUUGAUUUCAGCAUCUCUACAAGAAGCUGCUUCCCCUUUGCUCUUGCUGCUGUAGCUCACCAUGUUUGCAGCUGCUUCUUCCAUUUUUUUGGCAUGCAUUCUUUGUUCACACUCAGAUGUAAACAACGAAAGAAACCAGAUAAAACAUGCACUGAAUAAGAGAGAUUAACAGGCAAAAAAAAAACUAGAUGUGUUUAUCUAAUUUUCAGCAAGCGGUAAUGGCUUUUAUCUGAUAAAAACUAUUGGAUUAUACUGUUUACAUGGUGGCUUUGUUAAUCAGGUAACUUCAGAAAACGGAUCAUGAGUUAUUGGUGUGCAUGUAAACAUACAGGGAGAGAUAAUUUCAACAAAGGAAUUGCUGGUCAACAUAGAGCUUUGGUGCCAAGUCUUUAUCCAAUUGAAGUCCCUGUGAGGAUUUUGUUUUUAUUUGUGUUGAUUUUGGCGCCCCUGUGGACAAAGCAGUAACCCUUAUGUCUCAUCCCCGUGCAAAAAUUGUCCAUAGACCAAGGAUCCCUGUUGUCUUGUUACAGGAAAAUGAACCAGUCUUGUGAAAGUUCUCUGUGGAUAAAAUAACAAAGGCAGUUUUUUCAGUGUGCCUACCCCACCACCACAGUAACAGGCAUUAAAAAUGACCAUAAUGAAAUUGUCACUCUUUUGUUGAUGGUCCCAUUUGCAUAUGGGUAUCAUAGAGACGCAUCACUGUCCAUCUUGGUGUGUUUCCUAAGAAACCAAGAACUCUUCACAGUAACUUUAAUAUCUAAAAAAAAAUCAAAAAUAGGCAACAAAGCUAACUGAUUGUUGCAAGAGUAGGCAAUCAACUCCCAUGUUUAAAACAAAUCUUUUACAGAUGAGGUUUGGUGGUAGAGAAAGUCACAUAAUCGUCGUUUGGGUUUCACACAACAUCUUACUGAUUUCUCUGUGCUGACAUGCCACCCUUGGUGGAGGCGCUGGUGGGUGGCAUGUUCGGUCAGUGGUUGACCUCACAGCAGGAGGAUUCUUGUUGAACCACACUCGUACUUUUAGCGAGUCCAUUAGUUUACCUUUAAAUAAGGCUUUCAUCGUGGUAAACUGGGACAGAUGAUUAUCUGCUUUCAGUGGAUAAUCUCGAGAGAAGUUCAGAAAUUGCAUCUAUUAAUGGUUCAGAUGAUUCUCCUCAGUCCUAUGGGACAGGGACAAAAGAGCUCAUAAAAAAUUUGUAUGGCUAAAAAUCUGGUGUGUCUGUCAAUUAAAAGUCACUCUGCCUUUGGUAAUUAUAUCAAAGGUAAGAAUUUAAGACCAGGAUCAAGGAAACUCAUUAUUCGCAUUAUAACAAUAUCACAGAGCUCCGGACAACAUAAGAGUUUUUUUGUCUGUUUGGUCAUUGGUACUUUUUGACUCAGAAGUUGGAAUAGAAAUUUACUGACACUAAAAAAAACAUCUAUCUAAAGAUUGUAAACUGUAAAUUUGAAAUUUAAACAAGAUUGACUUUAUUCCAGCAGUGGCCGUUUUCAACACUCCGAGAGUAAGAAAAAAGUACCGUGAUGAAGACAGAAUAGUUCAUGUCCUGGAAGAGGUUUGGCCUCUUAAAUACAUAGUAUAUCCUGAUGUGCCAACUAAUGGCAACUUUAUCAAUUUAUGUGGCUAUAAAAAGAGUGUAACAUUUGUGUAAAGUCAUGAGGAGGCAAAUGGUUUACCAAGCACAGGUAGAGUAAAAUUACGUCCUUUCAGAAGUUUUUAUACAGAAAGAAAAUAAAUAUGAUCUCAAAAUGGGGCUAGAGCAGACGGAAACGAACAAUUUAACAACAUUUUUUAACACCAUGAAAAAUGAACCAAAAUCCAGCAGGGGUUUUGUUUACUCUGUUGUUAAAUGCUAACAUACUUAUACUGUGUCUUUGUCUUUCAGGUGGGCUGUGCCGAUCUUGAGCACAUUGCUGCCAGUAUGAAGGCCCUGCUGGCCCCCGGGGCCACAGAUGGGACAGAAAUGUUCGGGGCCCUGCCGCGGCCUCGUCUCAACACAGGAGACUUCUCUCUCAAGCACUAA